AUGGAGGAGCUACAUCGUGGCAAGGAUGGAGCCCUUCGGAGUUGGAUUGGAUUACCAUUGGAUGAUGGUGCUGAGGAGCUGAAGAAGGUCGUGUUGGUUAAGGCCACGAAUGCUCAUGCUUUUUAUAUCGAAUCUGACGUUACUGCAUGUGCUCUCUAUGAACUUGGCAGUAAGAUGCGACAUUCAUGUGCUCCUAACGUGGUUUACUCCAGUCAACGGGGUGCUUCCCAUGAUGGCAGUUUUGUGGCCCUCACGGACUUACCGGCCAAUACGGAGCUACGGUUUUCUUAUAUCGAUACUGUUGCUCCGGCUUGUAUGAGGCGACAACUACUACUCAACAACUACGUCUUCUAUUGUGACUGUCCUCUGUGUACUGGCGUUGACUACUAUCGUGGAUUACCCUGUCCGAGUUGCUCCCCUAGGAAGGGUGAUUGGGUUGAAGAUGCUGAGGUUAGACUCAUAGAUCCCGCCGAUUUGGAUCUCUCCAGAGUCCUAUAUAAGGGAGCUAUCUAUCGAGUCGAACGGGAUGAAUAUCAGUGGUUGUGCAGUUCUUGUGGAGCUCAGAUUACUCAGGAACAAUGUGGUGUACCAGAGGACCUCGAGGAUUCUCUAAUGGAUAUUGCUCGUAAUGCUGAUGAGCUCGAUGAGUUCGAACUGUCGCAGCAUUUACGGUCAAUGCCUCGUAUCCUGGGGGUCCAUCAUGCUGCUGUGUGGAUGAUCCGAAAGGCUCAUAUAUCCAAACUCGUUGAUAUGGAUGCCUCUUCGGAAAUGAUCAAGAAUGAGACUGCUGAUGUAUUAGCAGUUGUCGAUCAUGCUGCCGAGCUGUUCAAGAAGGAGAUCGGCCCGGGCUACUACGUCGAGUCCGGAGCGGGGUUCAUGGAAUCUCUUCUGACGAAAGUAGCAGCAUCACUGGCUCGGGGACGACAAUGGCGUUUGGCAGAAGAGUACUUUGAGAAAUCGAAAAGGUCGAUGUUGACUCUGAUGGAGGCUACCGAUGCACCAAUCGUUGCUGUUGAUGAAGCUCUAGUGGCCUGUCGACUUCGGGAUACCUCGAAGUUGCCUAAAGUAUUUCGUGGAUGA